UGUUUUUAGUGUUCUGCUAGCUUUUACUUGCUCAGUAUAACCUAUCAACGACAGAAGGCAUGUAGUAGAUUGUGUGCAACAGAUUUUUCAAGCAAAGUUUUGAUUAUGUUAAUAAUUAGAGGCCUUAGAAAUUCAUGUACAUCAAAUAUGAUACAGUAGGUUUAAUAGGGUUAAAUAAAUGUCUGUAGUGUUUGCUAAUGCUUGUAGUAUGUUGGAUUAGGGAUUUGAAUAAGCCUAUAACCCUUAGUAUGAAAAAUAUCUUAUGUCUAUGAUAAAUCAUGUGUCUUAUCAAGGAGAGGUGUGCUAUUGUCUUUCUAAACAAUCAGACUUAGAUUUUUACAUGGUGGACAAUGAAACCAAAAAAAACAUUGAAUGAUAUCUUCAUCUCUCAAGACUAAAAUAUUAUAGUCACAGCCACCUAGCAACCAGUCAGAACACCUUAGGAACCACAUAACAGGACUGUGCUGGACUUUCCACUGUACUUAUGCCCCUUUGUUGAAUAUAUAUGCUUCUCUCUGCCCAGAUAUUACAACUGCGUGCCUUUCGCUGGCUGCAUCAUGGUCGGACCCUCCAGCACGUGUCACUCACGAGUGAAGACCUUUGAGGAACUUCCUCUGGAAAUGACAUCACACAAGACACAUCAUGACAGCCAGACAGACAGUGGGAUGGUUUUGGCAUCAGAUGAGCUCGAGAGGUUUGAACACAAGCACAGAGGGGCCAUGUUGAAAACUCCAUCGGAGGGCCGCAGCACAGAACGCCUCAUCAGUUCUCCGUCCAUGAGCAGCAAUGGCAGCAGCAGCACACUGCGCCCACCCUUCUUCAGCCAGCUCUCGGGCCAAACCUUCUACAACAACGAGUACGGCCAGCUGUCGGAGGAGGGCGUCAGCGACUUCUUCUCCUCGUCGGAUCAGGCCAUAUACCAGGGAGCCUGCCCGGCAACCUCCAACCUGUAACAGCACUGAUUGGCCAAUCGUAACCAGGCCCCGCCCCCUCACAACUAACUGAGCUGAAGUCUAGCUUUGUAAAGUUCUCUUAGCAGCCACUGGGUGGCACCAUUAUGUCCAUUUCAAACCAAAAAAGUAUUUUAUCGCCUUAGUUACAUAUAUCUUUAUAUAAAGAUUAAACUUCUUUGUAUUUGUACAAAAAAAGAGAGAAAAGAACCAGA